GUACAUACAAUGUUCAACAAUACAUCACAAUAGUGGAAUUUUCUUGAUUUAAAAUAGAGAUAACAAACUAUAACGAAUGUUGGAAUAAUAAAUUCACUGAAAAAUUAUUUUAUAAAGAAAUCCAAGAUGAAAUGUGAAUCUGAAGAAAAUAAAUUUGAUACUACAUCUAAUCUAUUAGACGAAAAAACACCAGUAGUCAAAGCACCAACGUUUGGAAAGAGGCAUUCACAAGUUAUUAUGUUGGGAUUGAUAUUAUUUUGUUGUUUUUUGAUGAGAACAAGUUUAUCGGUGACCAUUGUAGCAAUGACAGAUCCUUCGGCUAGUAUGAAUGGAGAUAUUCCUACUUAUAAUUGGACUGAUAAAAGUUUAGUCGUUGGGUCUUUUCUGUGGGGUUACUGUUUACCUCAAAUGGUAGCAGGAUUUCUUGCUGAUCAAUACGGUGGAAAAUGGUUUCUAGUAGCUUCAACAAGUAUAACUGCGGUAUUUGGCCUUUUCAUACCAAUUGCAGCAAAACAUUUCGGUUCUCUUGGAGUCAUUACAUUUAGAUGUCUUCAAGGAUUUGCACAAGGUUUUAUAUUCCCGUGUCUUCAUGGAAUAUUGGGAAAGUGGGUGCCUUCACCAGAGCGUAAUAGAUUAGGAACACUUGUUUACUCAGGACCAGCCGCUGGUAUCGUUACAUGCAUGUUGCUAUCCGGAUACAUAUCUUCAUCACGUUAUGGAUGGCCAUUCGUGUUCUAUCUUCUUAAUGGAGUCAGUUUAGUGAUAGCUAUUAUCUAUGCUUGGUUGGGUAGCAGCAACCCGAAUAGCCAUCCCAGUAUUUCAUUCGAUGAAAAAAUGUAUAUUGUAACUAACUUAAAUACUUCCCUUGUCAAAAGAAAAUUACAAGUUCCAUGGAAAAGUAUUUUCACGAGCUCGCCUUGUUUUGCUCUGACGAUUUCGAAUGUUGCUUUUAGUUACACCCAUUGGACAAUGAUCACCGAAACUGCUAUAUACCUGAACAAAGUUAUGCAUUUUGAUUUGACUUCUAACAGCGUCCUUUCAUCCCUUCCGUAUAUAAUAGAAUUGGUAACUGGACUUAUUGCGUCUCUUAUAGCAGACUGUCUAUUAACAAGAAAUUUGGUAACCAUCACAUUCAUUAGGAAAACAGCAAACAACAUCGGACUCAUUGUAGCAGCUGUGUCUCUUUUCACGUUGACCAAAAUUGGAACGGACAGUGCUUAUCUAACAGUAACUUUAGUAGUUCUGGUGGGAGCUUUCCAUGGGCCUGCAAAAUCUGGACACGUCGUCAAUCAUAUGGAUCUCGCCCCAAAUUUUUCUGGAAUUCUGAUGGGAUUCACAAAUGGUUCAUCCGUAAUAGCAUCGGCUUUUGCUCCAAUUUUUGCCUAUAUUAUUAUAAAAGACGAAACCAAUGUUCAUCAAUGGAAUAUUAUUUUCUAUUUUUCUGCCAUUAUAAAUGUUAUUGCUUGUGUCAUGAAUAGUAUAUUCACUUCUGGUGAACGGCAACACUGGAACGAACCUUUCUCAAAAACAAAGAAAACGAUAACAAGCAACUACACACAGGAAGAUGAAAAUAAAAUAUGAAGAAACAGUUGAUGACUAAAUUAAUAAGAAGAUGGAAAUAAAAUUGAAAAACAUUAGACCUUUUAUGUAUUUAUUAAGUAUUUAUUGAUACUAUAAUAAAUUGAAAAGCAAAACAGA